CUCGAAGAAGCCCUGGCGCGCCCUCCCCCCCUUCCCGGUCUGGUAGGGCGAAGGAGCGGGCGUGCGGUCGAUCGAGCGAUCGGUUGGCGGCUCUUUCUCCUGCUCUGGCAUCCAGCUCUCGGGGCGCAGGCCCGGCCGCCGCGGCGCGCGCCCGGUGGCCGUUGGCGCUCGCGCCGCGUCUUUCUUCUCGUACGCAGAACUCGGGCGGCGGCCUAUGCUUUUGCGAUUCGACGAGGAGUCGUCCGGGUGGUCGGCGGCGGCGGGCAGCUGCUCCGCCCCGCUCCCGGGGAGGCGGCGGGGGAGGCUGGGGUGGCCGCGGCCGGCCUGGAGGCCUGGCGCCACCCGUCAGGGCCUGCCAGGACCCAGUUGGAGGGACAGGAGGGAGCUGGAGGAUGGUUGGUGGUGGGCUUUCUCCUUUGCCUUUUCCUCCUUAUGCCACCUUAGUGGGGGACGGGAGCUCUGGCGGCAGCUCCGGGGUGGGGGAUUCGAGCCCCGGAGUCGGAAGAUGGGGGUUUGCUUCCGGGCCUAGCCACCCGCUGGCGGAGUGACCUUAGGCAAGUCACUCUGUAAUUUGUCUGCGCCUCAGUUUCCUUCUCUGCCUAUCAGUGUGUGUGUGUGUGUGUGUGUGUGUGUGUAAGGAAAGCGCUUUACGAAAGCGUCCGUUUACAUAAAAGGUGAUUAUCGUUUUUAUUUUUUAUUUUUUUUUUUCUUUUGAGUUGCAAGAAGACUUAGCAAUUGCUCAUUCCCUGAAAUUAAAUCCGGGAACCUUUUAUCCGAGGUCGGAAGGCUCACUGAGUUUGUGUACAGAAACACGUGGGAAAGUGUAUUCUAGGGGAAUGAGCGGAUGUUUUGACAGUAAGUUUUUAAAGGGGCCUAUGACCCAGAAGACUUUAGAACAGUUUUUUGUUUG